AUGACCAACGGCUUGGACCGCCUCGAGCGGCUCUUCGCCUACAAGCGUCGAGCUUCUCCAGGCCCAGGCCCUCAGCCUAGCAAUGCUGUCCAAUUUUCGGAGCCCCAGUUUCCUUCGCCUUCCUUCAUUCGCCCCAAGACUACUCGAAUGGCAGCGCGCGAUGAGGUGCGCCUCAGGCAAGCUGCGGGACGCUCUCCCUCCGUGCCGGACAUUUUGCCCACGCAACGCAUGGGCUCGCACGCGCAACCCGACAGCCCGCUCCGCCCCAAGCAUAUGCCCACUCGUUCUCCUUCGUUCAGCAACCGUCGUGUCGAGCACAUUGUUGCCGGCCUGCGCGACUUCCAGUUUCCCAAACCCUCUGGUCGGGACGAAAGCUCCCCCGCUCCUGCGGCGUGCACCUCUCAGCCACUCGAGAUUCCUCAACUACCAAGUCCUCGGUGCCGGUCCCCUCUCGAGAUAGCCAUUCCAACAGGCAGACUGGAUACACCGCCUUCUUCGGACCCAGAGGACAAUGGCUUGUUCCUGUCCGCCCCGCCAUCCAAAGUGCUUCCGGAUAUCCCAUGCAGAGCCCCUCCUACUCCAGAAGAAACCCCCGAGUUUGGCCCUGUAUCCGAUUCACAACUCAGAGGCUCACGGUCGCUCGACACCAUCGAAAAAUCGGCUUCCAAGGCCCUGCUGAGUGACUUUGGCGAUUCGUUCGAUCAGCUGUCCCUUCACCGAUCGUACAGCCAGUCCAGCAUAGCCCCUUCCGCCCAGCUCUCUUUCUGCAGCUCGACACUGCGGGAGCCCGACUUCAACGAGUUUCUCAAUCUCAGCGACGAUGACAUUGCUGAGUCGACUCCUGAGAGCCCGCUUUUGGAAUCCAACGAUGAGGCUGAGCCGGCUUUACCACCGAUGGGCCUUUCCAUCUCAUCGUCGCAGCCCCUCACCUCCUCCCUGCUGACCCUGACGCCCCCGCGCACCAGCCGUCCCGCGGCAGUUGCGGCCUUUGAAGCUGCCCGGAUUGCUCGACGCUACGACUUCGACCUGGUCUACGUGGUGAACCUGUGGCCCGACCACGCCAGCACUGGCCUUGGUGGCUCGGAAUUCGAUGGCGCAACAAACGACGAUUCAAAAGUGGCUCCCAAGCCAAUGAUGGGUCGGCUUCUGGCCGCUCAUGGCCUGCAUCAUGUUCCCUCGCCACUCCAAAUCUCCUCCCUCGUGCACACUACCAUCCUCCGCUCCGACGGUUGGAUUGAGUACCGCAAUCUCGAGGCCCAAGGCCACGAUCUGGCACGUGGCUACGCAAGCGCAUUCUACACCGGUCAAUACACCAGGUCUGGAGGUCCUGACGCCAACGGCCCCGUGUCGGGCAUCCGCUUGUCUGAGAGGAUCGAUCGCGGCAUCGUUUUCGCCGCGUACCGCAAACCGCGGGCAGGCGAAGACAGGCUGGGCCGUACCUUGAGCGAAGAGGAGCUCGGAGAGCUACAUGGGGAAGCCGAAGCCUUGGUCGAGAUGCUCAUCGACAUUCAUGUGGCAAAUCGCCUGCGCCAGCCUCCUACGCAACGCUCAAUUCCCGACGAAACCGGGCCCAUGCCAUUGCAAGGACUGAAGACUUGA